AUGACUUCGUUAUACGGACCGAUGCAGGUUGGACGAUGCAAGCUCCGGCACCGCAUUGCCAUGGCACCCAUGUCACGGUGCAGAGCAGACAACGACGGUGUACCCCUCCAUCUGAUGGAACAAUACUAUGGGCAGAGAGCAAGCGUUCCAGGCACUCUGAUCAUUUCCGAGUCCACAUGCGUUUCAAAAGCGGCAGGUGGAAGAUAUAUCAACGCUCCUGGGAUAUUUUCGGCAGCACAGAUUGAAGGCUGGAAGAACGUAACUCGGGCUGUCCACGACAAAGGAUCGUUUAUCUUUGCACAGCUUUGGGCUGUUGGACGAGCAGGACGUCAAGAAGUACUGGAUGUUCAAGGAAUCGAGAUGAUCAGCAGCAGUGCUAUCGCAAUCAAAGAAGGAAAUCCGAUACCGCGACCUCUAACCAACGAAGAGAUCGAAAUGCUGAUUCGAGACUAUGCUGUUGCCGCCCGAAAUGCCAUGGAGGCAGGCUUCGAUGGUGUCGAAGUCCAUGCUGCGAAUGGGUAUCUCAUCGAUCAGUUUCUACAAGACACUUGUAACCACCGGGCAGACCUCUGGGGAGGAAGCAUCGACAACCGAGCUCGACUGUGCCUGGAAGUCCUAGCUGAAGUUAUUGAAGCUGUGGGGGCUGAUAGGACAGGUGUUCGUCUUUCUCCAUACAGCCCAUACCAAGGUAUGGGCAUGAAGGACACCGAGGAGCAAUUCUCGUACCUGCUUCGGAAGCUGAGGCCGCUUAGCCUGGCUUACCUGCAUCUCGUUCAUUCCAGAAUACACGGAGUGCACGAGAGCCUGGACUUUGUCAUCGAGCAAUGGGACAAAGACUCUCCACUUCUCCUGAAUGGCGGAUAUGACCGGAAACAAGCCGAAGAGGCAGUCCAAAUGGACAGAAAAGUUGCGAUCGCUUUUGGCAGGGAUUUUGUUUCGAACCCCGACUUGCCUUUUCGACUGAAGGAGAAUCUUGAUCUGAAUGCGUAUGACCCGUCCAGCUUCUACGCAGCGCAGGAGCCAUCGGGAUACAUCGACUAUCCAUUUCACAAGAGAUUUGGGGGGAUGCAUGAAAUCUGA